AUGGAAACUGAACAGACUAUUGACGAGGGACUUUAUUCUCGACAACUUUAUGUUCUUGGUCAUGAAGCUAUGAAAAAAAUGGGCAGUUCCAAUGUUCUUAUCGUUGGACUGAAGGGUCUUGGUGUCGAAAUUGCGAAAAACGUUGUUCUUGCCGGUGUAAAGAGUGUAACUCUUUACGAUCCUGAGUCAGUAAGAAUUUCCGACUUAUCUACGCAGUUUUUCCUCAGAGAUGAUGAUGUCGGAAAACCAAGAGCCUCAAUAUCUGCGCCAAGAUUGUCCGAACUUAAUCAAUAUGUACCGAUAUCCGUACUGGAAGGCGAAUUAACCAGUGAUAAAAUAAGAAAUUUCCAGGUUGUCGUGUUAACAGAGACACCUCUAAAAAAACAAUUGGAGAUUAAUGAUUUUACCCACGUUAAUGGAAUACACUUCAUAUCAACCGAUGUGCGCGGCCUAUUCGGCAUUGCCUUUAAUGAUUUUGGUAAUGAGUUUCAAGUCAUUGAUACCACUGGAGAGAAUCCGGUAUCAGGAAUGGUAGCUGCGAUCACUAAAGAAGAGGAUAGUGUUGUUACAUGCUUGGAUGAAUCAAGGCAUGGAUUGGAAGAUGGAGAAUACGUGACUUUUACUGAAAUUAAGGGUAUGGAAGAACUAAAUAAUUGCGAACCAAAGAAAAUAAAAGUGCUUGGUCCAUAUACUUUUAGCAUCGGUGAUACAUCGAGCUAUGGUGAUUAUACUAGUGGUGGUAUAUUCACUCAAGUCAAGCAACCGAAAACAAUUCAAUUUAAAUCCCUUCGAGAAUCUUUGAGGAAACCAGAAUUCGUCAUUUCUGAUUAUGCUAAAUGGGAUAGACCUGGCCAUUUGCAUAUUGGUUUCCAAGCUCUUCAUGAAUUUUUUGAAACCCGUGGUUCACUACCUCGUCCACACAAUGAAGCUGAUGCCGAAGAAAUAGUUCGACUUGCUAAAAAUAUUAAUGAUCAAUGCGAGGAUAAGAAUGAACUUGAUGAUAAGCUACUCAAACAACUUGCAUAUGGUGCGGCUGGAAGUUUAUCUCCAAUGGUUGCUGUACUUGGUGGAUUAGUUGCUCAAGAAGUAUUAAAAGCCUGCAGUGGAAAAUUCAAUCCAAUACAACAAUACUUUUAUUUCGAUUCUUUGGAAUCUUUACCAGAUGAUAACUUAACUGAGGAAAAUUGUGCUCCAUGUAAUUCUCGUUAUGAUGGCCAGAUAGCAGUAUUUGGUAGAGAUUUCCAACAUAAGAUUGCAAACUUUAGAGAAUUUUUGGUUGGAGCUGGCGCUAUUGGAUGCGAAAUGCUGAAGAAUUGGGCUAUGAUGGGAUUGGGUACCGGUAAAGGUGCCGUACAUGUUACUGAUAUGGACACAAUUGAAAAAAGCAACUUAAAUCGACAAUUCUUGUUCCGUCCUGCCGAUGUCGGAAAAUUAAAAUCAGAAACUGCAGCCGCUGCCAUAGGCAAAAUGAAUCCUGAAACUAUAGGAAAAGUCAUUGCUCAUCAAGAUCGUGUUGGUGUUGAAACCGAAAAUAUUUACAAUGAUACUUUCUUUGAAAAAUUGGAUGGAGUAACUAACGCAUUGGAUAAUGUUGAUGCUCGUAAAUAUAUGGAUAGACGAUGCGUAUACUUUAGGAAACCUUUAUUAGAAUCCGGAACAUUAGGUACAAAGGGUAACACGCAGGUUAUUAUUCCGUACCUCACCGAAUCCUAUUCGUCAUCUCAAGACCCACCUGAGAAAUCUAUUCCAAUUUGUACAUUAACAAACUUUCCAAAUGCAAUUGAGCAUACAAUUCAGUGGGCACGUGACAAGUUUGAAGAGUUAUUUAAGGUUCCUGCAGAAAAUGUAAAUAUGUACUUAAGCCAGGCUGGGUAUGUUGAAGGAACAUUAAAGCACGGUAGUGGUUCAAAGGGAAUUUUGGAGGGAAUCCAAAAUUUCUUAGUUACUGCACGUCCAUUAACAUUCGAAGCUUGUGUUGCUUGGGCUCGUUUGAAAUUUGAAGAAUAUUUCAACAAUAAUAUCCAACAGUUGCUUUUUAAUUUCCCAAAAGAUUCCGAUGCACAUAUGGAGUUUAUCGCAACAGCUGCAAAUUUACAUGCAUUCAAUUAUGGUCUCAAAGGAGAAACAAGUCGAGAAUUUAUAAAAAAUGUAUUAAAUACAGUUAUCGUACCCGAAUUCCAUCCAAAAUCUGGCGUAAAGAUUCAGGUACAAGAAAAUGAAACCAUUCAGCAAACAACUGAUGAAUCUGAGUUACAAGAAAUUGUUAUGAGUUUACCCGAUCCAGCAUCAAUUCCAGGAUUUCGAUUGAAUCCUGUAGAAUUCGAAAAAGAUGAUGAUACGAACUUCCAUAUUGAUUUCAUCGCCGCAACUUCUAAUUUACGAGCCAUUAAUUACGGUAUUCAGCCAGCAGAUCGUCACAAGACUAAAUUUAUUGCUGGCAAAAUUAUACCAGCUAUUGCAACAACGACAUCUUUGGUAACUGGAUUAGUAUGCCUAGAAUUAUACAAGAUUAUUGCUGGCAAGAAUAAGUUGGAGGAUUAUAAGAAUGGUUUUGUAAAUUUAGCGUUACCAUUUUUUGGAUUUUCAGAGCCAAUUGCAAUGCCGAAAUUCCAGUAUCACGAAACAGAAUGGAGUUUAUGGGAUAGGUUUGACAUUGAGGGUGAUCUUACACUUCAAGAAUUCUUGGAUUACUUUGCAAAAAAUCAUGAAUUAGAAGUGACAAUGUUGUCAUGUGGUGCUAGUAUGUUAUAUGCGUUCUUUUUGCAAGGAAAGAAAAGGGAAGAACGGAAAAAUAUGAGGUUAUCAGAAUUAGUGGAAUCGAUUUCUAAGAAACCAGUUCCACCACACGUUAAAGCAUUAACUCUAGAAAUGGUUGUAAACGAUCGUAGUGGUGAAGAUGUAGAGGUUCCAUAUGUUAGACUUGCUAUCAGGACAUAA